AUGUCGAAAACUGGGGCGAAAGCCGAAGGUGCCGACAGCUACCGGGAUCACGCGGAAGAUCAAAAUCUCGCCAGGAUCAGAAUUCCCUACAAGGAGAUCAAGAUCCGAGCUUUGCUAUCCAGGAGCCAAACCCGUGAAAUUCGAUUGGGCGAGUACCGGAACCAGCAAGUUGUCGUGAAACGAUUGCUCAAGGCCAAACGCUCGCAUCUUUUCCACGUCCAGGAGUUCAUUUACCAGAUCCAGAUCCGUUCGACACUCGCUCACCCGAAUAUCGUGACGUUGUUGGGUGUAGCGUGGAACAGCGUGGCCGACGUCAUGUUAGUCAUGGAGCAUUACCCAUCGGGAGAUCUGUUUUCGUACUUGCAAAACUACAGCAACUACACAUCGUGGGAGCGCGGCAAGUACCGACUAGCCAUCGGAAUUGCACGAGCCUUGGUGUAUCUCCAUAGUCAACCGACACCAGUUGCUCACCGCGAUCUACGAGCGAGUAACGUGCUACUCACUGAGACGAUGAGACCAAAGCUAACAGGUUUCGAUUCGUCGUGUCCGGACGAGCACAGUCAUCAUUGUCACGUUGCUGGUGCACCGUACUGGUCAGCGCCGGAAGUUUUGAGAGGCAGGCCAUACACGGCCAAAUCGGACGUCUAUGCGUUCGGCGUGUUGCUAACGGAGCUUGAUACAGCGACCGCUCCUUUCCACGACGCAGUGUCACCCAUCGGCACAAAACUCAAGCCGAUCCAUCCUGAACGAAGUAAUGCAGGGAACAUUGCGGCCGAGCUUCAGUCCGGAAUGUCCUCGACGCAUUCGCGUGAUCGGCGUUGGAUGUUACCAGCACGAUCCAGAUCGAAGACCAACUGCUACUCAACUACUUCGACUGCUUGA